AUGAUUGACAAAAUACCCAUCACAAGCGAAUACCUGCACAUGUCCCGCACAGGCAAAAGGUAUGGCAUAUAUCUACCUACUACAACACAUGGCCUGCAUCUAACUACUACAACGCAUGACAUGCAUCUACCUACUACAAAAGUAUGGCAUGCAUCUACCUGCUACAACGCAUGGCAUGCAUCUACCUACUACAAAGUAUGGCAUGCAUCUACCUACUACAAUGCAUGGCAUACAUCUGCCUACUACAAAGUAUGGCAUGCAUCUACCUACUACAACGCAUGA